AUGCCCAGGACCCUCGGAACACCCUUGGAUCACUCAGAUCAGGCCUCUGAACGCUCAGAGAACCCCCAGCACCCCUCCAAGCCCCCCCACAACCCCAGAUUGUUGUCGGACAGCCCGGAUCAACUCGGAUCGUCCGCAGCGAAGCACCCUAGCAAGGCCCUAGAACCCCAAAGACCCCCCCCAGCGCGCCCCAAGGCCCCCAAACAACCUGCCAGAGCGCCCCAGAGCCCUCAAGGAGCCCCUCAGAGCGCCCCACAGCCCCAUCAAGGCCCCAGAAUCCCCAAGAAAAGUGGAGUGGAUGACAUCCAGACCCCAUGA